AUGCCGAGAAGACGCAAACAAAUUCGCUUUGAAGAAGGCGGCGACGAGGAUUGGUCCGGUUCAUCGUCAAACUCCUCGACAUCCAGCAUCGCCUCCUUCCAUCGGGAGUCUUACCCUAAAAAUGGAAAGACGCGCAUUCCUGCGAAGUUGGUCUCGAAGCGAGCAUUAAUCGAUCUGGGUUAUCCGUUCGUCGAUGAAGGCGCUACGAUUGUCCUGCUUGUAGCACUGGACGAGCGCCUCAUCAACGAAGUCCUGAGGUUGAGCGAAGAAUAUCGCAGGUCGGACGCCGAAAUCGAAAGCCAGAUCGAAGGAAAGCCGAUCGAUUAUGCCAGGGACCAAGGCUUCGAUUGGGUCAACGUAGAACUACCCGCCGAGGAAGGCUCCUUGCGAUAUUCGGCCCAUGAUGAGGCAUCGGAUAACGACCUGGACUCGGCGUUUGGCGAUGUAGGCCAUGAUGAGCACGAAGGACCGGUCGCACAUUCCGGAGUUCUUAGUCUCAACACCACGAAGGCGUCUGGAGAAAACGCGUUUGACCUUACGGCGGGUCGGUUCCCAUCUUGGAAUCAGGAGAAGUCAGAACUCAUCAACGGCACCACGCAUCUUUACUCGGUACACGCAGCAGAGUUUUACAUGGACCGAGCAGGAAACCAGAGAGUCACGCUCGUAUGCCCUAACGAUCCCGGAAACGGGCUGAUGUUUUUGUCCGCGCCACACCUUAUUCUCGCCGAAAGGACAUCCCGAAAAAGGUAUUAUGGAAAACAUUGCACGAGGAGUCUUUCAGAGGUUCUCUACGGCUACGACAACGGAAGCCAUGAAAGUUCGCGUAUCAUUCAAGGUGAAAAUCAAGACUCCACGACACUGCAAGUGCCUCAACUUUGGUCUUUGGUCGUUGGUACGGAUUUGAUCAUUACUAGCUCCGAGCUUUCCUCGGAAGAGGUGCAGAAGGAUCUGAUUACAAUCGACGGAAUAGAUUCAGAGACAGGGAUUUACACUAUUAGACUCAUUGAUGAAAAAGAUACCUUCCGUUACAACAUUGUCAUCAAACCAGACUGUAAAUACGUCGACUUUUUAAGACAUGCUGUCUCUCUUGUGAGUAAGGGACGGUCAAAUGCGGCGGCCUGUGAUUUGGUGGAUGAUUCGGGUGUCUUGAUCACCGCAGAUGCUUGGUUAAGGCUACUUGCAGAAGGCUCCAUCGAGGAAUACGUGUUCUGCCUUCGACCAAGGCACGCAGGCCAUAAGUCACCCGACGAGGACUUUCGUGCGCUGUCUGCAAGGCUUACGGCGGGCAGCCGUAGCAGUCUUGGGAGAUAUUCUCGUCCAAGGUAA